ACUUUCUUUCACUUUAAACUGAAAAACCAGACCGGAAGUACUUCUAACCGGAAGUGUGGUUGUCUGGUUGUGAUCGCGGGAUAGUUGUUCCGUUAGCUGACGAGCAUAUUUGUCCGUUUCGAGGCGGCAGAGCUGCAGGUGAACCCGCACACACUCAGUGAGUCCAGGACACCAGAGUCCAGCAGUCAGAGUGGAGACCUGCUGGAUCUCAGAGACCAGGACCAGGAGCCCGUUUCAGAAAGCAGCUUUAACAAACUCUGAGAUGGAAAAGUGUUCGGUUCCAGAACAGCUGAUCAGAGUUUGUUCAAUCAAAUGUGAGGAUGAAAACAGCCUUCAUCAAUGGAGCUCUGAUACUACGAUUCACCAUGGCAACAGGCACCAGGACCAGGAGCACUACAAGAGGGAAAUGGAGGAGGACCAGCAGUUCAAAAAGGUCCCAAGAAGACCAGCAGCAGGCUCGUCCUCUGAUCCCACCGAUGUUCAGAAACGGAGAGGAAGAGGGGGACUCAAACGUCACAGCUGUCAGCACUGUGACAAAUCCUUCACAUCUGGAAAGUUAAAGAUUCACGAGAGAGUUCACACUGGAGAGAAACCGUACAGCUGCGACCAAUGUGGGAACACCUUUUCUCAUGGUAGUCACCUUAAAGAACACCAACGCAUUCACACUGGAGAGAAACCCUAUAGCUGUGAUGAAUGUGGUGCAGUAUUCCAGCGCCAGAGGACCCUAAAAACUCAUCAACGCAUUCACACUGGAGAGAAACCCUACAGCUGUGAUGUAUGCGAGUUAGCAUUCCAAUGCCAGAGUUACCUUGUAGCCCACCAACGUAUUCACACUGGAGAGAAACCGUACUGGUGUGACCAAUGUGGUAAAACCUUUUCUCACGGUAGUACCCUUAAAUCCCACCAGCGCAUUCACACUGGAGAGAAACCGUACUGGUGUGACCAAUGUGGUAAAACUUUUUCUCACGGUAGUACCCUUAAAGCCCACCAUCGCAUUCACACUGGAGAGAAACCGUACUGGUGUGACCAAUGUGGUAAAACUUUUUCUCAGGUUAGUACCCUUAAAGCCCACCAGCGUAUUCACAAUGCAUCGUUGUGAACAUGUUUCUCUCCUCCCCAUGCCCUGAUAGCUGUGAUGUUAUUCUGAGCUUCUCUCCACAUUGAAGUCUGACCAACAGUAACUUUGUGUUCUAAACAGCAUGUAUGUUAUUGUGUCUACGACUACAUAAUGGCCUUUAUUCUUGUUAUAUAUUUUUUCUUUACCAUCCAUUAAUAUGCUGAGUAUUUUCUGGAUGAAUUGUUUUGUAAAGACCAGAAACUUUUGACUGUAGUCGAUUCCCUGGGCCUGUGCCCUGUAGAAAAACGACUCAAGCCGAGUUCGCCCCAUGGGAUACAACAGAUCCAGAAUGCCGAGGUCCAGACAGAGCCUGUUACCACUCCUGGUAACCAGAACAACCUCCCAUCUGCACAUCAGAAACAUCAAGUGAUAUAAAUACAUUCUCAGAUGUGUAAGACUUUUAUGAUUAGGCUACUAGACAAAUUUGGAGUCAAUUAAUAAACAAGUUCGAGAAAUUGAUAGUUAAUAUCAGAUAUAAGAAUAACUGAGAAAUUCAUUAAUAAGCUUUAACCCUAGAUUAGGCUCAUCCCUAAAUUUAGAAUGUGAAACUGCAUCACAACCUUCCCUGCAUAAAUGUUCAUAGUUGUAUUCACUGUAUUCCUUCAUUCAUUCUUUAUCAUUCUAUUCCUUUUUCCUUUGUUUUAUCAUUUAUUCACUUACAGUAUAUUGUGUUAGUAGUUUAUUCAUGUAGUUAGUUAAAUAAACAUUUAAUUCAUAAAGAACUUGA